GAGUGGACACUGUGUGAUCUUCCACCGAUCAUUACCAGUCUCCUGCUGAUACUCUGGACCCAUCAUGGAAACAGGAAAGAUAACGGGGACACUGGUUGUGGCUGUGUUCACAGCAGCUCUGGGUUCCCUGCAGUUCGGAUACAGUCUAGGAGUCAUUAAUGCCCCCCAGAAGAUUAUUGAAAAGCAUUAUGCCCGGUCCUUGGGUGUGUGGUCUGAGAAGUUUGAGUUGGCUGCAAAUGGCACUGACGAUACCAGUCCCUCAGAGACUGGGAAUCACCCCUCUGUAGUCAUGUACUGGUCACUGUCAGUGGCCAUCUUCUCCAUUGGUGGCAUGGUGUCCUCCUUCCUGGUGGGCUUUGUGGGAGACCUGAGAGGCAGGGUGAGAGGUAUGCUGAUGGUGAAUGUUCUGGCUGUAGCUGCUGGACUGUUAAUGGGUCUUUGCAAGAUGUGGAAACCCCACAUCAUGGUCAUCUCAGGCCGUGCAGUUAUGGGCUUCUACUGUGGGUUAACAUCUGGAUUAGUGCCUAUGUACAUUGGAGAGAUUGCACCCAAAUCAUACAGAGGAGCUUUGGGAGCUAUACACCAGUUGGCUACUGUUAUUGGGAUCCUGAUCAGCCAGAUAAUAGGAUUGGACUUUGUACUUGGUAAUGAUGAAAUGUGGCCCCUGUUGCUUGGUCUGUCUGGAGCGCCAGCAUUAUUACAGUCGGUUCUGCUACCACUGUGUCCGGAGAGCCCACGGUAUCUUUACAUUCUGCUGGGCAAAGAGCAAGAAGCCCGGAAAAGUCUGCUUCGUCUAAAGGGAGCAUGUGAUCUGACUCCUGAUCUGGAAGAGAUGAGGAGAGAGAAAGAAGAGGCCGACCGGGAGGCAAGGGUCUCCAUCAGAUCUUUGAUCUUGUCAUCUGUGUACAGACGGCAGCUGUUUGUUGCCCUCAUGAUGCAUCUCUCCCAACAGUUGUCUGGCAUUAAUGCGAUCUUUUAUUACUCUACAGCAAUCUUCUCACAAGCUGGUGUUGCUCAGCCUGUCUACGCAACAAUAGGAGUUGGUGCAAUCAACACAGUUUUUACCCUGGUUUCUGUAGCACUUGUAGACAAAGCUGGAAGGCGCACUUUGACUCUAAUUGGUCUGGGAGGUAUGAGCUGCUGUGCGAUUGCCAUGACAGUGGGCAUAAAGUUCCAGAAUGACUUCUCAUGGAUGACCUACAUCAGCAUGUCUGCUAUCUUCCUCUUUGUGAGUUUCUUUGAGAUCGGUCCUGGUCCGAUUCCAUGGUUCAUAGUAGCUGAGCUGUUCAGCCAAGGGCCUCGACCUGCAGCCAUUGCUCUUGCAGGCUGCUGCAACUGGACCAGUAACUUCAUCAUAGGCAUGACUUUUCCUUACAUCCAGGCUUGGUUGGAUUGUUACGUGUUCCUCCUGUUUGCAGUGCUGCUUUUUGGCUUCACGUUGUUCAUUUAUCUCCGUGUCCCUGAGACCAAAGGCAAAACGUUUGAGGAGAUUGCUUCCAUGUUUCAGAAGAAAUCUAGGACUCCAACAGACAUUGCUGAAUUGCAGCAGCUCAAAACAUCAUCAGACGCUUAAGUGUCUAGUUUUAUUAUUCAUCAGUAUUAACAGAAAAAAGAUCACAUUUUUGCAGCAAAAAUUUUUUGUGUUGAGAUUUUUACAUAAAUUUUUGAUUUAAACACUUAUUGCACAUCUGAUAGUUGUCAUUGCUAUAAAACAGGUUAAUAUCGGCAACAAACUUUGUGCACUUUGUAAAAAGGUUACAUUUGUUUUUGACCCUAGCAAGACCAAUGACUCACCUCUGAAGUUUAAUCCAACUUCUUAUCAUGUUUUGCCAUCGCCAUUGGACGUUUAUGGUUUUAUUAAUUUAAUUUAGUUUUAAUGUCUUCUUACAAAAACUAAAAAGGAAAAACAACUAGCAGGUGUAAACACUUACAGACUUCAAAAAGCGUUCAAUACAAAAACAACUGGACUUUAUUUGUAACAGAAGACGUUUCGCUCCU